AUGUUUAAUCCCAUCCGCAAGCUCAUCAGUUUCUGGAGCGCCGCUGACGCGAGCGUUACCACAUUGUCCAACGACGCAUCAACCAAGGAUGUAGCGACUGAGAGCACAGCGUACCGCGCCGCCUGCAAUCACGCCGCACCUCCUACACGGUACGCGAGCGGCGAGUUCAACACCACACCGUCUCCGCCGCCCAAUGCUGCGCUAUCAGCAUAUCUGUUCUCACAGGUGAAGAACACCAACACGUCUACAUCGAGAAUGAGGAACAUCCCGCCACCGCUAUUUCCCAUGUUUAGUGCGCCGACUGGCAACGCGAUCGACGGCGCUUCUACCACGUCGGACGACAUCGAUAUGCCGGAUGCGACGCCGAUGUCACCUCUGACACCUCCAACAACACCUUCCCGUGAUGGUGAUGAUAUCCGACCUUCGGUCGAGACACCAGCCCAAGAAGACAUUCACGGUGCAACCGCCCAAGACGAUGACACUAGCAAGCCGCGCAACGACACGACACCACCUCCAUCUCCGGAACGUGACAGUGUUCGUUCCCAGCCUCCGCGCCAACAGACAACAACCCCAUCAGAGCCCGCCCCAAACUGGUUAGACGAAAUCGUCAUCGAAGAAGACAUCCCCGAGAACGCCCUCCCAGUCGGCUACAUGGGUACAUUCCGCGGAAGCCGGCACUUCAUCCCCGAGUACCCCGGUAUGAAACGCUGCAGCAACCAAGUCACUCACCUCCUCCUAUGCGGCCACUGGAUCGACAGCACCGAACCCUGCGGCGCCAACUGCAAAAAACAAGACCACACCCACAAACAAUUCAAAUGCCCAACCUGCACCGACAUCGUCCGCAACAUCCUCACGGGAUCUUUCCAGCCCGCGGACUCGAUGAGACUGAGGGAGUUCAGGAAGCAGAAAGAUAUUAAGUUUCUGGCUUGCUGUGUCGAGGCAGUUGUUCGUGCUGCACCGGAACUCAAGAAUGGGGUUACGGAGGCUGUGGCUGGUUUUCUCUGCAAGGAUUCUGGGCGGAAGUGUGAGGGGGCUGAAAAUCCUGAUCCGGGGGGUCAUGAUACUAUUGAGGAGAUUGUGCGUGAUAUGCAGGAGCGGCAUGAGCGGAAGCAGCGCGAGAGGAUGAGGAGGGAGAGAGAGGAGGAGUCUAAUAUGCAUGAGAAGAGGGCUAGGGAUGAGGAUGCGGGGGAUGAGACUACUGAUGCAAGAACGAGGAAGAACGGGGAUACAGCGGAGGAUCAUAAGCGUGAACGAAACGACGCCUCCGCGGGUGACGACGAGACGCACGAUACGGCACCUCCUACCAAUAAGAAGCAAAAGACCACACUGGAAACCCACCGCGAACCCAUCACACCCUCUACCCGCGGCACGAAGCGGCGCUCGCCAUUUUCGACCCCCUCCCCGUCUUCUCCAUCCUCUUCCUCCUCCUCCUCCUCCCCCAACGCCUCACCCUUCGCCUACCUCGCCAACUCCAGGCCCCCCUCCCCACCAUACCCAUCUCCACCCCCGAAGAAGAGGGUCUUCGAGAAGCCUGAUCCCGCAUUUGGCGAAGCGAGCUUCGUCAUCGCGCCGCCUCACGUUGUAGGGCCCCUCAUGCGAAAGCGGCAUGCGGAUGUUUAUGUCGAGGGUGCUAUUGAGCGGGAGAGUAAGCGGAGGAGGAGUAGCGGUGCGGCGAGAAGGGUUGAGGAAGAGAGUGAGAGGGAAACUGCAAAGAGGGACUUAAGUGGAAAGGGCUUCGAGGCUUUUAGAAGGGCCUGGGACGACAGGAAUGAGGAAGAGGAUUGUGAGCUUUAG